AUGGAUCUAGACUGGCAAAGAAGUGGUGUGAAAGAGAAAUGGGGAAAAGCCGAGGCCCGCGGUGACGGCGUCAGAGUUUCACCCGGGGAGGCGAGCGGCAGCGGGACGGGGGAACGGCGGGGUAGCCAAGCAACGCCGGACGCGCUGACGUCGCCGGGGCGGCAAAACGUCCGCCCGGGCCCGAGGCGGGCGGAGGCAGCUGUGGUUACGUGCGGGGGGCCGGUGACGCAGUCGCGGGGCGCUGGGACGCGGCGUGCCGAGCCGGCCGGCGGGGGCAGGCCCCAGGGCCCGGGCGCGGCAGCGGGACAGCACCUACCUUCCCGGCUUCAGGUCCGGGAGUGCGGGGCGCGGAGCCGCCGGAGCGCUGCCUCCCUCCUUCCUCCUCCCCCCGCCCCCGCCCCGCAGCGCGACACACAAUACUCGCCGGAAGCGGAAGCCGCGCCGAGAGGCUCGUGUCAGUGGAAGCCUUGGUGUCGGCUGGCGGCCGCCGCAAGGCCUAGCAGUGCCUGCGGAGAAGGAGAAGGAGGGGGUCAGAGGAGGGUUCCAGAGCAGACAUGGAUGAGAUCCAGAAAGUACCUGAGUUCCUGGGAACUGCUUGCCUCAGCAAAGUUUGCAAGUUGAGAAGACAGUAGAGAGUCAGCUGGCAAGCUGGAAGUCAUGAUCCAAUUUUCAGAUCCAGCAUCACCACUGCCACAUCUUAUUGGUUAGAAGAUGAUUCCAGGUCUUGCCCACACAAAUUGGGAGGAGAUUCCACAAGGCCAUGUGGACCAGGAGGUGGAGACCAUUGGGCCUUAUUAUAAUCUGUAUGGGGAUGUUCCAGGUGACAGAUGACAGAAAUGGAGGGUAGCACAGUCUCUGAACUGGAUGUGUUCAUACACGGGUUGCACAACCUUUUUUUUUUUUUUUUUUAAUGUUUAUUUAUUUU